AUGUCGAUGGAUUCACUGGAAGGACCUGGAGGCGACGUGGAACCCGGACUGGAGCCAUGGACGGACAUCAAGGGAGUUGACACUGGGAAGAGAUGGGAGGAGCCAGGGAAGAUCCUCUUCACUGAUGCUGAUGCUUCACUCUCUUCUCACUUAGCCAUCCUGGAGGGUUUUCGACAUCAAACGGCCGAAGAGGUGGUGGAGGCGGAAAUGGCCUCCGAUCGCAGCUCCAUCAGGUUAAGGGGCUGGGCCUUUGGUUGGGGUGGUGUCCGUGCUCCAGCGGGCCAGCUGGGCUGCCUUGCUGUGGUGCUUUUGGGUGCCUCGAUCCCCGCCUCGAUGCACGAGGUCCUUCAAGGCAUUCAAAGCGAUCAGCCUGCAAGGAAAUUGACUCUGCGCGGAGUGGUGGCGGUUUAUGUGCCAACCUUCUGCUACUGGGCGUCCAAAAGUUGCAUGAGCUGUGAGACCUGGUACGAGGAGAACGUUGCAACCGCCUUGACCGCUGUGACCUUCUUGCUGUGCUCCUUCGCCAUCAUGUUUGUCUUCUACUUUGAGUCUGGCUAUCGCCACCAGCUGGAGAAGACUGAGCCAAUGUGGAAGUUCCUGGGCGUCAAAGGGAUCGUCUCGGUAACAUACUUCCAGUGGUUGGUGAUCGAAGCCUUGGCUUCUUUCUGGCACUGGGAUGAGUCCCGGAUGUACCUGGUGCACUGCCUCUUGUACGCGUGUUGGAUGCCCUUGCUGGCGAUGGUCCACACCUUCCUAGCCACUCGGCCCGGAGGCCGGACGCUCGUGUCCACCGGCGCCCGGACGCGGGAGAGCCGGACGAUCGGACAGUGGAAAGACGGUGACGAGUUCGGGUAUGUGGAGAUAGCGAUAGUGGAAGACCCCGUGUUGGUGUUCAGGCAAGUCGCGUAUCCCUUCUAUCGGUUUCGAAACCGAGAGCCGGCACUUUGGCUGGUGGGAUGGCUGGAGACCCUUCGGGUCUCCGAAGCGGUCGAGGCCUCGCAGGCCGAGCCGGAGGCCUCGCAGGGCGAGCUGGAGGAGUCCUCCUCUGUGGGCGAAGCAGGCAGAGCUGAGCUGGGCGUGGACCCAGUCGCCGAGAACGGCCUGGCGGACGCGAAUGUGGAAGCGCCCAGCCCUGUGACCGACACUCGCGAGGAUGAGACGGGGCAUUUGAGCCGAACGGAAGGGCUGCUGUCUGAUGGCCGCGCCAUGGCGCGCUCGCGAGGCCGCUCUGUAGAACGCGACCCGGUGAGUUGCAAGUGCCUUUUGACCUUGAUCCCCGCGGAGAAGAUCGAAUUGGAGGAACCACUUCGGAACAUCUCCUGUUCAGGUCAGGGCGAUCUGGCGCAUUUCCUGGAGACGUCACAUGGAGUGACGGGUGGUUUGGAGUCCCCCAACUCCGAACUCGCUGCCCCAACACCCAAUUCGUUCCGUGGCUCAACGACGAAGCCCGGAAGCCCAUCGUGGGAGGAUCUCCACUUCGCGCUGCUGAACGACACCUUGGGUCGCUGGAGCCCCGAUCGGGUCGGUGCUUUUCUCACGGGGAGUAGCCCUGGUGUGGCCGGAGCUUGGUUGCCACUCUGCUCCUCCACGCUGCUGGGCUGUGCACCGGGGCAUUUCGCCCUCGAGGGCGCGGAGCCCUCGCUGAGCUGCAGCGCCAAAGGCGCCUACGUUUGGCAAGGCUCCUGCAGUGCGAUCAGCUGCGGAGCCCCUCCGCGCCUGCCGCACGCCACGCCGCGGAUGAGCGACAUCAAGCGGCAGAACUGGACCUAUGGCGUGACGGUGCACUACGACUGCGACAAACCUGGCUACUGGGGCAGCUUGUCUGCUCACUGCAAUGUCACAGGGACUUGGCUGGUGGAAGGUGCCUGCGUGGAAGUCACCUGCAACGCCCCGCCCAGCGUGCCACACGCGCAGCCUUUGUGGGAUCCGGAGCGGGGCAACGUGAGCACAGGGAUGGUGAUUCGCUAUCAGUGCGAUGAGAUGUACAACGGCACACCGACGGCCAGUUGCGGAGACGACGGCAUGUACAUGAUUUCAGGCGUGGCGGGAGGGGUCUCGGCCUGGCCGAGGUUCAACAACACGGAGGCGAAGAGCGGCUGGUUCGUGGGCAUGCGCUGCCCUUAUGUCUGCGACCCAGGCUACCAGGGCUAUGUGACCGCACUCUGCGAGGAGGACGGUCCAAAUCAGGGUGGGAAUUACAGCGUCUCAGGGCAUUGUGCUCCGGUGCUAUGCGGCACUCCACCCAAGCUGCCACAGGCGACGGCACGGAUGGAGGAUGUGACCAAGCAGAACUUCAGCUUUGGGUCGUUGGUCCAUUACGAUUGCAAGGCGCCGAGGUUCCACGGCCAGCUGCUGGCGACGUGCCUCUCGACCAGUCGCUGGGAGGUGAAUGGCACCUGCGUGGAGGUGCACUGCUCAGCGCCACCCGCCGUGGACCAUGCGAGCCCGUUGGGAGAUCAGGAGAACGUGACGGCCGGCACGGUGAUCCGCUACCAGUGCGAGGAAGGCUACAAUGGCACGGUGAGCGCCAUGUGUGGCUACGCCACGGGACAGCAGAGCAGAGAUUGCAGGGAUGAUGCUACGAAGAUGAUGGCUAUCUUGAGGGUUCAGGACCUCCGACCCGAGGAUAGCCAGUACAUCCUGCUGGGGCGCUGCCGCCGCGAGUGCUCGGACCAGCUCCCGGCGGUGCCACACGCGGCGCCAGCGUCCAGUGCAGGAAGUGCGGCACCUGCAGUGGGCUGGUUGGCAGGCGAACAAGUUAACACGGGAAGAAAGCUGAUGGGCGAGCUCGAACCUAUUUAG